AUGGCUCUCGGGAUACUGGAGCCCAGGACCGAAAAUGUUCCUGGUACUGUUCAAGUCACCAACAAAACCGACAAUGAUUUGACAAGAUCGCGAACGACAAUACUUGUGCCACAACCAACAGAUGAUCCGAAUGAUCCACUGAAUUGGCCGCUGUGGCAACGCGAUGUCAUCCUCGUUAUUCUCUGCAUCGUCUCGGUCCUCGCAACCACAGCUUCACCACUUUUAGCAGCCGACUCGGUAGAGCUUGCCCUCAAGUUCAAAUGCACAUUCCAAGAAGCGGCUCUUCUCACCGCCUACCAUCUCGCAGGUGUUGGAGUCGGCAGCUUACUAUUCGUACCGCUUGCAAGAGUUUGGGGAAAGAGACAUGUCUUCUUGAUUGGAGCGUUGCUCAUGAUAGCAUCGUCUGCCUGGGGAGGCUCGACACAUAAGGGAUAUAACUAUACCAGCUUGCUAUGGGCAAGAGUGAUUCAAGGAGUCGCACUGGCUCCAUUCGAAUCCCUUAUCAACGCCUGUGUGGGUGACCUCUAUUUCGUUCACGAACGUGGCCUGCGCAUGGCUUUCGCAAACGUCUCACUCUUCGGCGGAGCGUUCUUGACUCCCGUCUUUGUCGGCAUGAUCGCUCACAACAUUGGAUGGCAAUGGUCCUUCUACUUCAUCGCCAUCUUCAUGGGUGGCGGCUUCCUGCUCCUAGUACUCCUUUGCCCGGAAGUCGCAUACCACCGACCAGAAAGACUCAACACCGACUACAUGACAGCAAGCACAGAGUCGUUCAGCGGAGACGCAUUUCACUCAGGAGAGAAGAUGCCAGAAGAGAGAGUGACACCAAGAGUCAGGGGUAACGCCUGGAAACCUUUGCGCAUCUCUCCUUUCAACGGAAGAAAGACUGACGAAUCAUUCUUGAAGCUGUUCUUGCGACCAUUCCCUCUCUUCUUGCAUCCAGUAGUCAUUUGGGCUUGUCUGAUACAAGGUGUUAUCAUCGGCUGGACUGUAAUGGUGGGUGUCAUUCUCUCGCUUAUUUUCCUGGGACCACCUUUGUUCUACAAUGAAGAGCAGGCCGGCAAAAUGUAUACUGCAGCGUUCGUCGGAAGUCUCCUCGGCCUCUUAGUCGCUGGAGCAUUCACCGAGCUCACCACGCGUUACAUGAUCAAACGCAACAAUGGCAGAUACGAGCCCGAGUUUAGGAUCCUCCUUGUCAUCCCAACUCUCGUGUUCGCGGCCACUGGACUCUACGGCUUCGGAAUCACAUCAGCGAAUGUAGCACGCUAUGGCUGGUUCGUCCCUGAGGUGUUCCUUGCAUUUAUUGUCGCUAGUAUGGUUAUGGGCGCAACAGCUUCUGCGCAAUAUCUGCUUGAUGCUCACAGAGAUAUUGCAGUCGAAUCGUUCACCUGCCUCAUCAUAUUCAAGAAUAUGUUUUCCUUUAUCCUGGCUUACUUUGCUUACACAUGGGUGUUUGCCGGAGGUAUUGAGCGACUGUUUAUCAUCUUCGGCAGCAUUGAAGUCGUCAUCUGCUGCUUGAGCUUGCCGAUGUACAUCUAUGGCAAGAAGAGUCGCGAUUUCUUCCAUCGCCAUGAUCUGUUGCGGAUGUUCGGCCUGAGAUAG